CAGGUAUUCGACUGUUUGUUUUCCCCUCUCUAGUUUCUCAUUAAGCCCUGAUUCAGAUCAAAGUAUAGGGCUUUCCGAAGAUUUCGCUUAAAGAGUAAUUGGCACGAGAAGCAAAAAAUGGAGCACGGCUCGUUCACUGAUCACAGUCAUGCGACGUUUUCUCUCACCGAGGAAGAUCACACGCUGGCUAACGCCGUCAGAUUCGUGUUGAACCAGGAUCCAAGAGUGACCUUCUGUGGUUACAGCAUCCCUCACCCAUCCCAUGCUAGGGUCAAUAUCCGUGUCCAGACAACAGGUGACCCAGCGAGGGAGGUUUUGAAGGAUGCCUGCCAGGACCUCAUGCUCAUGAACAGACAUGUGAGGGGCGUUUUUGAUAAUGCUGUUGCAGAUUUCAAGAAGGGCAACCAGACUGAGUCCAUGGACGUUGGACCUGUGGCAGGCAAAUAAUUUCUAAGGAAAAAUAGCAUACUCUCAUCCAUGAAUAGAUCAAAUUAUGUAACUUUCAAGAGUUGUUUUGGCAAAAUAGAUGUCUUUUGAAGAAACCAAUAACAUCCCUACGCAGAGUUCAUAAACUAU